GAAGUGGCAGGACGAGGCGGCGGUAAAGUAGCAGCAUGGCUGCUGACAUGCGUCUACCGAUCAUCCGUAAACCAGUUUCAAUUUUAGAUCCUGGUUCAAACAGGAGAGACCUGGUGGUGCCCGGCGAUGUGAUCACGACAGACACCGGUUUCAUGAGGGGCCAUGGGACUUAUGUUGAAGAUGAGAAACUGACUGCAUCAGUUGCUGGGGAAGUUCAGCGAGUUGACAAACUCAUCUGUGUCAGACCACUCAAGACCAGGUUCAAUGGAGAAGUCGGUGAUGUGGUUGUUGGUCGAAUCACAGAGGUUCAACAGAAACGGUGGAAGGUGGAGACAAACUCAAGACUGGACUCAGUUCUCUUACUCUCCUCUGUCAAUCUUCCUGGAGGAGAGCUGAGGAGAAGAUCAGCCGAAGAUGAACUCACCAUGAGAGAAUACCUUCAGGAAGGCGACCUAAUCAGUGCUGAGGUGCAGUCUGUUUUCUCUGAUGGCGCUUUGUCGCUUCACACCCGAAGUUUGAAGUACGGAAAACUGGGCCAGGGAGUGCUGGUGCAGCUUUCUCCAUCACUUGUCAAAAGGCAGAAGACACAUUUCCACAACCUUCCCUGUGGUGCAUCAAUCAUCCUGGGCAACAACGGCUAUGUGUGGCUGUACCCCACUCCUGGGCAGCAGGAGGAGGAGGCUGGGGGCUUCUACACCAGUCUAGAGCCAGUUAACCUGUCAGACCGAGAAGUUAUUUCGCGGCUGAGAAACUGUCUGCUGGCUCUGGCUGCACACAAGGUUUUCCUAUAUGACACCAGUGUCCUCUACUGUUAUGAGUCCUCUCUUCAGCACCAGGUAAAGGACAUCUUAAAGCCUGAGGUAAUGGAGGAAAUAGUGAUGCUGACACAGCAGAAGCUACUGGAACAAGAAGGCUGAUCGCAUUUACACCUGACAACGCAGAUGUGACUCACUGACCGAGUUUUGCUGGGAAAAGCGGUUUUGCAUUCUGAAAAGUUAUUCCCUUCCUGUUUUGUAUGACAUUUUUAAUUUGUAUAAAAAACUUUAUAAAUGCAAUUAAUUAAGUACCCAGAGUUCUGUUCAUUCGUGUUAGUCAAAUGCGGGGCAGUAAAUAUACUUUUUCCUCAGUGACAU